UCACGUGGAGAAGUGUUUUACAAACAGCAUUCAGAUGUUACUGUUGGAAAUCAGCACUCACAGAUCAAGAGGAAAGGAAGAGUUUGAGAGGAGGUGUGGUAAAUCACAGUGUUUGUGCUGGGGGAGGAGAAAAUGCGCUCACUAUAAGAGUCCAUAUCCACCACGAGCUGCACACGACAGAAGUUUCUCCCUCAGACGACAUCUUGUGAAAGUGACCAGCAGAACAGCAGCCAUGAAGUUUCACGGUCUUGUCCUCCUUCUUCUCUUCACGUGCAUGUACCUGAGUCUGGCACAAGGCUCAUAUGACAAUUGCUGCCUUGGCUACGUUAAAACUGUUCCAGCAAAAGCAAAGAAGAAUAUUGAAAGUUACAGGAUUCAGGAAACAGAUGGUGCUUGCAACAUCAGAGCUGUUGUGUUUACGGUGAAGAGGAAGCCCCCACAUAAACAACGGACUGUCUGUGCCAAUCCAGAUGAUUCUUGGGUUCAGGAGAAGAUUAGGACUCUCAGUAAACAGAGUUAGGCUGCUCAAAGGAGACAAACGAGAGAGGAGAGCUGCCGUUUCACCUCCCUGUCAGACAUCAUUUAUCACCUUUAACCAGAUGGAUUGUGUUUCAGUAGGUAUUUCCUGUUGCUGACAGAAAAUGUAAAUCAUCUAUACAGUUCUUUAUACUAAACAUAUUGUAUCCACAUCCAUUGUAUGUUAUACUCAACAUAGUAAAAUUCCUUUAUAUGAGCCAUCACUAUGAUACUGUUCACUCUGUGAUGUCUACCUGCGUGGAAUGAGCCACUUUUUGGCAGCUUUGAAAUGUGAAAAGUUUGUGACAAACAUGUAAAGACCACUAAAGGGAUAAGCUGUUUUUUUUUAUACGCAACAGAUUUUCAUAUUUUUGUAUAUGCGCUUUAAUUGUACUUUGUGUUUUCCUGUUUCAAAUAAAGAACAAAUGCAAAGAAAA